AAGAGAGGGAGGGAGAGAUGAGGGAGGAAGCUAGCAACGGACAGUAGAGAGAGAACAUUUUCGUAAUGUAAUGUUCUUCUCGGUUUAGUGAAACUAUCGGCGUUUACCAGAUAAUGUCACAGAAUGUCCAUUUCUGGGACAUUGAGCAACUAUUACGUGGACUCCAUCAUAAGUCACGAGAGCAAUGAACUUUCCAGCCCACCUCGCUUCCCCGGCGUGCAGUAUUCCGGCUCAAGCUCCACGGUCGCGGGCGGGAGGACACCCGGCGGGGCGGCGCACGCGGAGCAUCCCCAUCCCGACUCGUUCCCGUCAUGCAGCUUUCAGCCGAAGCCCCCGGUCUUCUCGUCUUCCUGGAGCCCGUUCAGUCCGCACCACGGCGCCAGCAGCCUGCCCGCCGUCUACCACCCUUAUAUCCCGGCCCAGCACGUGCCCGCCGCGGACACACGGUACAUCCGAUCGUGGCUGGACUGCGCGCCGCGCGGCUCCGAGUCCGUGCCGGGGCACGGCCAAACGGGGCAGGUCAAGCUUGAACCUCAGCUUGGCCACCUUGGUGGCGAGAUUGCACCAAAAACGUGCGGACGUCACCAGCACGAGACCACCACGUACAUCCUGGAGUCGGCAUCCACGGCUGCGCGUGAGCUGAGCCCGGCCGCCAUCCCGAGAGGAGGGUUCGACGAGAAUAAGGACGUUUGCGAAGGCAGCGAGGACAAAGAAGGCCUGGAUCAAAACGACCCGUCGGCGAACUGGCUGCACGCGCGCUCCUCCAGGAAGAAGCGGUGCCCGUACACCAAAUACCAGACGCUCGAGCUGGAGAAGGAGUUCCUGUUUAACAUGUACCUCACCCGGGACCGGCGGCAUGAGGUGGCCCGCGCUCUCAACCUGACAGAGCGGCAGGUGAAGAUCUGGUUCCAGAACCGAAGGAUGAAGAUGAAGAAACAGAGCAAAGACCAACCAAAGGAUUAGACCGCGGGAAACUCACUUGUGCCCCCAAACGCGCACGCACGCUCCCACCAUGUAUAUAACAUGAGGUUUGUCUUAUCUCUACAACACAGAAUGGCCUUCCCAAUAACUGUAAACACACAAAUGCUUUUUCCGAUUUGUUUUAACCUUCAGGCGCCACCACGUGAGUUCCAGUCCUAUCACACCGAUCGAUACAGCCGAUCGAUGGCUUCAUUGAUUGCCAGCAGACGAAAGACCUCUCUGUCUGGUGUUAGAAGGAGGAAGCGUUUUCAACUUUGGAAUCACUUGAGUUUGCAGUCGUGUGGCGAUGAUAGUUAAAAAAGACUCAAACUGAGUAACGCUGGUUCCUCCCGGACUUCCUUUUCUUAAAAUGGGCCGGACUUAAAGAGGAUGAAAAGCUGCAGACUGGACAGUUCGAUUGAGGAAAUCAGAGCUCUUAUUUGUUGUUGUAAAAUCUUUCAUUAGAAAAUCUUUCAUUUUUCAAGCACUACUUUUGUAUUAGAUAUUUAUUGUUGGAACGUGUAGACGUUGAAACCUCGCUUGAACAUUAUUAGGCAUGCGCACGUGGACACACACACACACACACUCAAUUCUCUACCUUCCUUCAUUGUGGGCAGAAUUAUAUCAGCGCCACAUGGUAACGGUCGGUACCGCUGUUUCUUUCCCGGUGGUUGGCAUCAAGUAAUGAGCAGACAACGUAAAAAAGGAGGUGCGGGGACUUCUGGGCUCAGGACCCGGGGAUCCAGUCGGCAUAUGAGCCUGAUGUCUAUGUGAAAAGAGGCACAGCUUCAUUAUUAACUUUGCAUGCAUCCGUAUUUAAAUGAAGCCUUAAGUAUCAGGACUUGGCUUUGACGAAAAAUCCCUCCACAUAUUUUUUACUAGUUUCCUCUCAAAUUCCUCAAAUAACAUGAAAGUUUACAAGAUAUUUAACAAAAAGGACGAUGUUCAUUUCAGAUUUCCCAUAAAGCGCCUGAACUUUUUCAAAUAUACAACCUUCUCAGUUACUAAAUCUUCCAAUAUUUAUCCAACGUGCUGCUUGCAGAAGUGAUCAGCUCUAUUUUUUUUACAUACAGUAUAUUGUUUAUUAUCUAGUAUGCAAGGGGGCGUUUUCAUAGACAGGUGCCGAACGCAAACUGGGAUUUGAAACAGCCCCAAUGCACUCCUUAUUUGGAAAACAUUCCCUUUUCUUGCUAAUUUUGAUAUCCUGGAAUUUUCAGAGGUUCUUUGGCCCUUUUAAUUUAUUUGACACUUCCCUCGAAUAAUGAUUUAGGAAUAGUGUGCAAUUUCAAGAGCGUCGACAUUAUUUUCUGGUAUGCGGAAGAUGUAAUGAUAUGGAAGUAGAGAUAUGAAGAGGACACGUCGGAGGGAGGGUCUACCAGUGAGGCGUUAUUUGAAGUGUCGGCGAAGUUAAAAGGCGUCUGAUGGCAGUUUUAUAGACGGAUCAUAAACAACACAUCGGCUUUACAACGCUAUGUGUGCGACAAUUGUGUGUGUGUGUGUGUGUUUUGCAGACCACAAAGCCUGGUUGUGCACCAGCCUGGAACAAAAACGACAUAAAUAUAGUUUACGCACACUUGCGCCGAUAUUUUCUUCAGUUCAGUCGUUGAUAUUUCCAUUUAUAGUUUACCUGCAGCCUCCAUCGGGGCAACUCAUUUUUUCUUUAAAAGUAUUAAAUACAGACGUAUAAAAUCCUCUAUUUAAGAGUAAAAAUGUUUACAGGGUUUGCGCAUGCUUCGAUGCAUUCAAAGACGUUGUUUCUUCGUCUUGCUCUAUAUGUUGUUAAUCUGUUGGAUGAUUGCUGGGAAAAUGAAAAAAAGGACGGAAUAAGCAGUUUCCUAAUCGGAAAUAUUUCUAACGUAUUGUACAUGAAGUUGUCCAUCUCGUCUUUCUUAUUGGAAUAAAUAUGCUGACUAGUAUUGUUUUGUGUUAUAGGACUUGGCCUUUACUGUAUUUCUCUAUUUCUCUGUCGUGUUCUUUGUGUUCCCCAUGUCGUUGGGCCCACAAUUUGAAUCAUCAAUUUGAAAGAGCUCGUUGUGUUUGUGUAAUGACAAAAGGUAGCAUCUUCAUGAAAGAUGCUAUUUUUGGUAUAUUUUCUCUUAUUAUCUAAGCUUAGUAGGACUGUAUCCUGCUUACUGUGCAUUCUGCCUGAAGGAACUACAUUUUGGGAGAUUUUUUUUUCUAAUAUGUGUAUGUGUACAUAACUCCACAUGGAGUUUUACUUGCGUUUUUCUUUCUUUUUAAACAAGGCAAAUAAAUACCAUGUGUGAAGACAUUAUUUACUCUGAUCCUUUCCUUUCUGUGAAAUGUUCCAGUCAUCUCUUGUAUGU